AUGUCGACCGCCAACGCUGGACCAUCCACUCCAUCCAGGAAACGUUCCAAAUGGGACGACGACGAUGACGACGAUGGCCUCGACCCUCCAUUCUCUCAAAUUCCUCCACCAAAACGGCGCGUCAAGCCAAAGGCGACGAAGAUCACCGCUGAGAAGCUGCCUCUUCCCUGCACAUCUCGCUCUCCUUCUGCAACCCGGCCUUCACACAGUAUCUAUGUCCCUCAGCGAACUCGUCAUCCACCUAUUCUUCCUUCACGGUCAGUAUAUUGCUACGAGCGGCUAAACCAGAUAGAAGAAGGAUCGUAUGGCGUUGUCUUUCGGGCGCGGGAUAAGCAAACUGGCGACAUCGUUGCCUUGAAGAAGCUCAAGCUUGACGAAGAGAAGAAUGGGUUUCCAAUCACUGCACUCAGAGAGGUGUAUGCACUCAUGUCAUGUCGGCACGAGAAUGUGGUGGGUGUACGGGAAGUGGUGGUGGGGGAUACUUUGACACAAGUCUUUGUUGUGAUGGACUUUAUUGAGCAUGACCUCAAAUCCCUGCUCACUCUGAUGCCGUCGCCAUUUCUGCAGUCUGAGAUCAAGACCCUCAUGCUCCAGCUUCUCUCUGCUGUAAAUCACUGCCAUCAGAACUGGAUUCUUCACCGAGACUUGAAGACCAGUAACUUGCUCAUGAAUAACCGUGGCACCAUCAAGGUCGCAGAUUUUGGGUUGGCACGGCGUUACGGCGACCCCGUCGGGGUGGGAGGAAUGACCCAGCUCGUCGUAACGCUGUGGUAUCGUGCACCUGAAAUUCUGCUCGGAGCGAGCACUUACUCGACAGCAGUCGAUAUGUGGUCUGUUGGAUGCAUUUUCGCUGAGCUACUUCUGAAAGAGCCUCUCUUUCAAGCAAAGGGAGAAAUAGAGCUUCUUGCCAUGAUUUUUAAACUUCUCGGUCCUCCGACGAAGAAUUCUUGGCCAGAUUAUUCUUCACUUCCCCUCGCAAAGAGCAUCUCUCUUCCUUCACCCCAGCCAGACCAAUUUCGCCAAAAGUUCCAGUAUAUGACGACAGCGGGCAUUAAUUUAUUAAUGUCACUAUUGACUUAUGAUCCUGAACGUAGGAUAAGUGCUCAAGAGGCAUUGCAGCAUGUGUAUUUUACGGAAUCUCCGCUCCCAAAACAUCCUGAUCUGUUCGGGUCAUUCCCCUCAGCUGCUGCUGGAGAAAAGCGGCGCAAGCCUUUCGAUAGUCCUUCGGCGCCUGUUCGCGCAGCUGAUUACAAAUUUUUGACGGAUUUUGAGAUGCCCUAA